AUGUGGCCCACAAGUGGACCGGAAAAUUCAAAUAAGGAACUAGCGAACAGGAAGCAUCUUAAGCCUCGUGUAUCCGCGCAGAGGAAGGAGAAGAAGGGCUGGAAGGUGGUCACCUUUCUGCGGACGGUUCUCCUCCUGAACAGCAGUAGAGUUGCAGCUACAGAACAUGAGGAGGACCAGAAUGAGUCCCAUGGAACUCGGCACACUUGGAACACCGAUGCAACUUGCACACAGAAACGGAAGACACCUAAAAAGUCUUUUCUCAAGAAAGCUCUCGGACUGUUCACCAAAUGGAACGGAAAAGUUGGACAGAGUGAAAGACGAGGGGACGACAGUGGAUGGAAUGAUGGCGCUGGACCCAGUUCACAGAGAGCUCCUCCAUGCAGCCAGACAUCCACCAGUGUUCACGAGAGUGCAUUCGACUGGAUACUGCCUGGUGUUCCUGAAGAAGCACGGACUCAGAGCAGCGCGGAAAACUGGAAGAAAGUCACUUCCGCACCAGAUAUGCACGAGCCGAGACCAGGACCAUCUCAGCAUGAAGACCACCGAGAUUGCACUGUCCUUUUCUCGGUGAUGGACAAUGUGAACAGGGGGCCGAUGGUCUUCAGCAGCAGUGAAGAACAGAGCAAAACUGAGGUAAAUGCUGUAACACCCGAGUUGCCCGAGCUGAAAGCAGAACCGUCCCACCUUGGAGAUCUUCAGGGCAGCGCCAUGACACUUCCUGAGAAGAAGAGCUCCUCCAGCAGCAGGAAGCUCUCUGAAGUGCCUGAAGAAAUAGCAGUCUGCAUAGAGGACUCCAGCAGUGCCACGGACGAGACCACAGAGAUCCCAACUCCAUCAAAUUAUCACCUCCUGUGGUUCAGCUUUUGCAUUGUGUUGUUUGAAGCAAUUUACAUUUACCUCUUCAUUUUUCUGUUUUCUAACCUGAAGUUUUAAUAACAGACUGACUUGUGCAGUAAAAGAGCUGUUAAUGCACUGCAGAGGAAGGAGAAGCAGAAGGGCCAGGUGGUGGUGACCCCUCUGUGGAUGUUUCUCCUCUUAAGCUGCUGUACAGGUUUAUCUUCUGAACAUGAGGAAGACCUGAAUGAGCUGCACAGAGCCUGAUACAGCGAAAGAAUAUGUGCACGGAAACAGACACGAAACAAAGACGUGGUUCUGCAGGAAAGCCCUCGGAGAGUGCAUCCAGAUGAAGACGGCCUGUUGUUCCUGAAGCAACAUACAAAUGGAGUGGGGCGGAAAACCAUUUUGCUGUCUGAGCUGCACAAGCUCCACAACCUGGACCGUCCAAAGACCUUCAUGGCUGCACCAUCCUGUUCCGAGGGAUGAUGGACCACCUGAACAGUGUGCUGACGCUCUCAAAUGGCUGUGAAGAACAGGGCAAAAGAGAGAGACCCUGUAACCCCUGAGCAGCAGAGCCGGGAGGUUUGUCCCACCUCAGAGAUCUUCAGGACAGCGCCGUCACGCUUCUUGAGAGGAAGAGCACCUCUGGCAGUGAGAAGCACACUAAAGGGUGUGAAGAAGUUGCAGACUAGAUAGAGGACCCCAGCGCUGCCACAAAGAGACCACCACACAUUCCUCAACUCCAUUUCUGACCCACUGCUUUAAUAAAAG